CUCCAUCUGAUUCACUAUUGAUUUUCUACAACAAAAACAGCAACAACUCACAGUAGACAAAAUAACGCAAAUUGUGAAAAUUCAAAACCCCGGAAUGAUCCGAACAACCUGGGUUCUGGGGCUGCUGCUGGCCCUGGGAAACCUAAUCCACGCCAGCGAUAUCACGGACAAGGUUUUCGCGGAUAUUAAGGAGGGCAUUGUGGCUGCUUUCGGGGACUUCGACUCCGACGAACUCACGGACGUCUUUGUUAUCCGCGACGAUCAGAAGACUUUGCAGAUUCUCUUUGGUCACUACACGGAGCCCCUGCUGAGACUGGGGCCCUACUGCCAGUACGGAGAUAAGACCAUUGUGAGUGUCAUACCCGGGGACUUCGAUGGCGACGCCCUGAUGGACGUGAUGGUUAACCUAAAGACCAGGGACAAGGACGUCUACGAGGUCCAUGUCAACUGGGGCAACACUACCGAACUGAAGUGCUCCAAGGAGGCGCUCUUCACCAGCAGAGGAGAGGUGAUGGCCCUGGACUUCAAUCGCGAUAUGAUUAUCGAUUUGUACGGCUUGGACUCCGAGGGAAUGCGCACCUUCUGGAUAUUCAACAGCAGUAGGCUCCCUCCAGACCACUUCCACCAGGCAGAGCCCACAGAAGUCAAGGGUAACUCGUUGAGCAUCCCCAAUGCAAAUGCCUAUGUGGAUAUUGACGGGGACUUCCUGGCCGAUCUGUUCCUUCAAACGGAGAACUCCUACGAGGUAUGGCACGGCAUAAAUGAGCGGGACAAGAAGGAGAACUUCAGCUACCAGUACCAGAUCAGGUUCCAGCCGAUCGGAGGCAAUGACUACCACAUCGGCCAGGCUGUGUUCAUGGACUUUGAGCUGAAGGGCGUGCAGAACAUUGUGGUGCCCUUUUGCAUCCACUCGAACUGCCGGAACUCCUCGAUCGUCGUGUACGAUGGCACCGAUUUCCGGAAUCUCCAUGUGAACUUCCGCGAUCCGCAAGGCAUCACCUGGGCCUUUGUGCCGCCCGAGUCGGAUGAUGUUUACUUGCGGACCAUUACGGCGAGGAGCGGGGACUUUAACCUGGAUGGCUAUCCAGAUCUUCUGAUCACGCUGCAGCCACUAAAUGUGGGCAAGCCGGUGAUGCAGACUUUCCUGCUGGAGAAUGUGGCCUGCACCACGUGCAACAAGCCGUUGAAGCGCACGUUUGAGGUUCGCUGGAACGCCCUUUCGCCGAUGGGCAACAACACGGUGGCCGGCGCAUUCUAUGACUUCUACCAGGACGGUGUGCUCGAUGUGAUUCUUAUCCGGAAGGAUGCCAAAGGGAAGUACCAGCCCCUCGCCUUCCGCAACACCCUCGACUAUGAUGCGAACUUUGUAAAGGUGAUUGUGCUGACUGGCUUGGAUAACAAGCAGAAUCCAGAGCGACGCACUCCUCUGGGCAGGAAGAAGCGCACGUAUGGCACCAACUUGCCAGGACCCCGCAUCACCUACACCACCACCACCCAGGAUGGGGAUCAGCAAUUUGGCAGUAGUGUUCAACUGCCGCAGGCCUCGUACUUCGCUCUUCAACUGCCGUACACAUGCUUUGGCCUAGGUCGAACGCCGAACUUCGUCGAUCAACUGACCGUAGGGCUGGGAAGCAAGCUGCGCAACUGGACGCAGCUCAUACCCAAUUCACAAAUCAUUGUGGUGCCGAAACCCCUGAACGACCCGUCCCACUGGAAAGCCCAGCUAUUCGUCACCCCCAGCAAACUGAUCCUGAUGAGCGUUGUGGCACUGGGUGGCACCUGCCUGGUCAUCGUCUUCAUCAUUCUGGUUCUGUACAUCAAGGAAAAGCGCGAAGAUAAACAGGAGCGCUUGCAGGAGUCCCACAAAUUCCAUUUCGAUGCGAUGUAAGGUCGCGAAUUAAAUAUUAACUAAAUAACCCUUUUGUUUCAACCAAGUUAGUUGAGUUUAUUUUUUAUGUUUAUUUAACGAUUAUUAAUAUGCCCAAAAUAAGAAGCGUACCCUGUAAUUCCACUAUGGGCUUUCCCAUCUCACUGAUGUCCUGGAUUGCCCAAACCAAUUGUAAAAAAAAGAAUGUAGCUCAAUUCAGGACAUCACCAAACCAAGCUCAUAGUGCAAUCGACAGAGUGCUUCCCCUCACAUCUGAUGUAUAUGUAUAUGGUUUAAGAAAUGUGAUAAUUAUAAAAA